AUGCUCACAUUUAUACUUAUUAUUAUGACGUGGUGUGUGGUUUCUUUCAUAGACUUGAUUUUUAAGACGUGUCUCUUUUUUCCAUACUUACAAACUCUAAAUCAAGCUGGAAUUCAUAUUAGCCCAUUCAAGAUUUCUUGGUCAUCUUCUCAUAUACCUAGAGGACUACUUAGUUCUGUGCAGAAAAGACCAAAAUUGUAUCGAACAUGGGAACAAGUUAAUGUUGAAAGCUAUGGUUGUGGUGUUUUAGUCAUCUUUCCUUGGGCAUUUACAAAUUUGAACCGUGAGCAAUUAAUGAGUCUCUCAGACUGGCAAAAGCUUCGAAUUUAUGCUGCUGGUGUAUGGCAUAAUGUUGUAUUGAGCAUAAUAGCUGCUGUUCUGCUAAUAUCCAGUCCUUAUCUUUUAUUACCAAUUUAUUCUUAUGGUCAGGGUGUUACAGUUUUAAGAGCUGAAAACAAUAUCAAUGGAAGUACUGCAGGGUUGAAAGCUGGAGACCAAAUUUUUUCCAUUAAUGACUGCCCUGUUACCGAUAUUGUAUCAUGGGAAAAAUGUCUAACAAUAAUUUCUAUUGAGAAAGAAGCUUGCUUGCCUGGAAGAGAUGCAAUUGUCAAUUCACAUUUCUGUGAUUUCAACUCUAACUGUGAAAAACAAUCAUUUUGCUUAGUUCCAUUGUCUAGCAAAGUAUCAGAUAGAUUUCUUGAAAUUCAUCGCAACGGAAAUGAUUCUGUUCUUUUCGUUGGAUUAGUUGAAGAGUUGAGUGCAUAUGUCAAUUUUGGAGCCGCUUUCGACUUCACGUAA